AUGUAUAUAAAAAUUAUAUGCUUCAUUGGCAUUAAGGAUGAUAAACAGUCGACAUAUUCAUAUAACUGGAAUCCUUGCACACCAUUCAGUUCAAGCAGUGGUUGCAAAGAUACUUUGCUAUGCCAGAAAGUGCCUAACAAAUAUUACGCAGUUGCAACGGCAGUGAGCAGCUUUGAUGAAAACAGUGAUGGUAGCAUUAAUAUAACAUACAAACCAGUUAUAUCAUCACUAGAUUACACCAGAAAAGCAAUCAUUGUGUUGAAAUGUGACCAAUCUCAAGAUAGGGGAAAGUUUAGUCCAUUUCAUGAGGACGACAUGACUACUAGUAAAAAGUCAUUGUAUACAGCAACGUUUAGUACCAAAUAUGCUUGUAUCGAGAGUGGAGGACGUGGAGGACUAAGUACUGGCAGCAUUCUUCUCAUAGUGUUCUUUUCAUUGGUACUGAUCUAUUUCAUCGCGGGGUUGUUAUAUAAUAAAAUUCAUAAGGGUGUCAGCAGUUUUCCUGAGAUGAUCCCUAAUCAUUCUUUCUGGGGCGAUUUCCCGUUUUUGGUUAAGGAUGGCUGUGUUUUCACAUUUCAAGGAAUAGCUGGCUGUUGCAAACGUUUGUCUAUGAAGGUCACAGGGGACUCUUAUGCUGAAAUAUAAGAUUAUAUUUUAAUUUCUU